AUGGCUUCUCCCUCCACAGGCACAGCCUUCUUGGCCCUUGUCAUCAUCGCCUUGCUAUGUGCGGCCACCACGGCGAACGCGAGGUUCACGGCGAUGCACUGGACGCCGGCGCACGCCACGUUCUACGGCGACGAGACCGCAGCGGAGACCAUGGGUGGGGCGUGCGGGUACGGCAACCUGUACGCGACCGGGUACGGCACGGACACGGCGGCGCUGAGCACGACGCUGUUCAAGGACGGGUACGGGUGCGGGACGUGCUACCAGAUCCGGUGCACGGGGUCCCCCUGGUGCUACAGCGGCUCGCCGGUGAUCACGGUGACGGCCACCAACCUGUGCCCGCCCAACUGGGCGCAGGACUCCAACAACGGCGGGUGGUGCAACCCGCCCCGCACCCACUUCGACCUCUCCAAGCCGGCCUUCAUGAAGAUGGCGCAGUGGCGCGCGGGCAUCGUGCCCGUCAUGUACCGCCGGGUGCCCUGCGUGCGCAGGGGCGGCCUCCGCUUCGCGCUCCAGGGGAACCCCUACUGGCUGCUGGCGUACGUGAUGAACGUCGGCGGCGCCGGCGACGUCGUCGAGAUGUGGGUCAAGACCGGCGCCUCCUGCGCGUGGAUACGGAUGAGCCAUAACUGGGGCGCCGCGUACCAGGCGUUCGCGCAGCUCGGAGGUCAGGCGCUCAGCUUCAAGGUCACCUCCUACACCACCCGGCAGACCAUCGUCGCCACCGACGUCGCGCCGGCCAACUGGUGCCUCGGGCUCACGAAGCAGAUAUCUUUCAUUCAUGAGGUGCCUACCAUCCCUCACUGGACAGCGGGACCCGCCCUUCAUUCGGCAAAGUACACGGCUUCUUCUGAGGAGAGACUUGGGCAGCUCAUUCAGAAGUUGAAAAACGAAGGUAUUAAUCCCAAGCAGUGGAAACUUGGAAAUUUUCAGCGCAUGUUGUGCCCACAGUGCAAUGGUGGAUCUAAGGGUGAGGGGGAUUUGAGCCUCAGUGUCUACAUCCGAAGGGACGGUAUGAAUGCAACAUGGAACUGUUUUAGAUCUAAAUGUGGCUGGAGAGGUUUUAUCCAGCCUGAUGGAGUUACCAACAUAUCCCAAGGAAAGACUGACAUAGAAAGUGAAACUGACCAAGAGGUUAAAGCUAAGAAGACGGCGAAUAAGGUUUACAGAAAAGUCAGUGAAAAGGACCUCAAUCUUAAGCCACUUUGUGAAGAGGUCUCCAAGUCCACAUUUGACCUCAUGGAAGCCCUGGAUGCAAAGGUUGUUGCCACCAUCAUGCAGAAGCUUGACGCUGUGGCUGGGCAGGUCAACGACCUUAGUAAGAAGGUGGACGUCAUGGUUGAGAAGCUUGAUGCUGCGGCUGGGCAGGUUGACGACCUUAGUAAGAAGGUGGACGCCAUGGUUGAGAAGCUUGACGCUGCGCCUGGGCAGGUCGACGACCUCAGUAAGAAGGUGGACGCCAAGGCUGAGAAGCUUGACGCUGUGGCUGGGCAGGUCGGCGACCUCAGUAAGAAGGUGGGUGCUAUGGAUGAGAAGCUCAACGCCCCCACUGCAGACAACAAGUGA